GCAGCUUAUUCUGAUAUAGGGAGAAAAACCAAGUAAGAAGAAGAAGAAGAAAAAAAAGAAACAAGUUGAAAGUAUUGAAAAGGAAGAACAUGUAGAAACUGAACACAAUGAUUCAGGUCAAACCAUUGAAACUAGAGAUUUGAAUUCUGGUAAAAUAUGUAGUUUCAUCUAUCCACUAACUUAGAUGGUAUUGCUCACCCAUUGUUGACAUUGACCACUGCCAGACAUUUUCCAGCACUGGAUAUUCAUAUUGUUGAGAUGAUUUUAUUUAUAAAUCGGUGAUAUUUAGAUUUAGAUGAUGUCGAAAACGAAUGGACUUAUCUUGGUAUUCAUGCUAUGAUUGGAAAACGUCUGCUAGACUUGGGUUUCAAAGAUCCCACAACAAUACAAAAAGAGGCCAUACCUCCAGCAGUACAGAGCAGAAUGGACAUCAUUGGUGCUGCUGAGACUGUAAGUAUUUUCCCAGGUUGUAUAGAUUGUACCUCAGCAGUAGGCAUAGAGCAAUACACAGCAGUAGGAAGUAAGUGCCAGGGUAAAAUCACAAAGUAUGUAGGUGCAUUUGGGUGCAUUGCCACUCAAAGUGAUAUUAAAAGAUUCAUGGUUUCUGACUGGCUAACAGCCAAGUGUGAAAUAUGGAGUUUUGACAUAAUAAUAUUCAACAGAGUGAUGUCGUAAUGUUGAUAUGAAAAAGUCAUAUUCAACGUUAUGACGUCAUGCUGUGGAAAUACAACUGUGAAAUGUGGAAACAUGACCAAAACUAUAUAGAGCUACCUUCGGCCGUGUUUGCAAGUUUAAAGGAAACAACUUUUAAAAUAUAAAUAUGAGUAAUUUGUGAUGUUAAUUGAAGACAGCAAUAUCUGUAAUUCGAAAAUUAAAUGCUAAAAGUUGGUUUAAUUUAAUGUAAUAGGGUUCUGGAAAGACUCUGGCUUAUGGACUGCCAGUAUUGCAGAGAAUACUAGAAACAAAAUUGAAGCAAAAAGAUUCGAACAAGAAUCCAUCAAAAGAAGAUCAAGGAGUGCUUGUACUUAUCCUUGCUCCAACAAGAGAACUGGCAAUACAGGUGCACAAGAAUCUUCAAGAUGUGGCAAAGGCUGUGUCAGUUAAAGUAUGUAUUGCACACUAUUGGGACUGCAAAUUUAUGUUGUCAAUAGAUGGUACUGUUUAUUCCAUUCUUGCCCCCAAUGGCCUCAUUUUCAUGUGAUUAUUUUCUCAUGUUUUGUGCGCAAUGGGGCCAAAGCGAAACAUGGAGAUAUAACCUUCAUGUGCACCUGCCAUGCUAAAACAGGCAAAUAUGGAAACAAGGCUAUUAAGGCCUAUUUCCACCCAAGAAAAAUUUUCACAGACAGAAAAUAUCAUUAUCUAAAGUUGAAAAUUUUCAACUUCCAAAUUUUUUUCCGACAGAAAAUUUCUGUCAGCCAAUCAUUUUUUACAAAAUUUUCUUUCUGAGGAAAAUUUUCCUGAGUGGAAAUGUGUCUUUAGGGCAAAAGUGCAAUAAACUGUGGAGUUUAUUAAUUUAAUGAACAUUUAAAACUUCACCCUCCUGAAUAAUCUACAUGCAUUCCUCUGUCAAAUGAAUCUGCAUGCAUACAUACAUAAUUAGUUUGUGUAACUUUUGUUUUAGGCAGCAUGUAUAGUUGGUGGGAUGUCUGAAGAGAAGCAGCAACGAGUACUCAAGGGAUCACCUGAGGUCGUUGUGGGAACCCCGGGUCGUCUGUGGCAUCUAAUUGAACAGGUUUGCAUUAUCUUUCUCCAGGACAUAAAAUACCGUAAUAAUAUAAAUAUUGUCAUUUUAUAUAGGUACAUAAUUCAAUUAUUACUUUAGUACAAACUAUAAAAUGGAAAUCACAAGGGUCCGAAAGUUAUAUUUUGCACUUGGCCUCGAUGCAAGUGACCGUACCAAAAGUUGAGUGUACUCUAAACGGAUUUGAAACUAUAUUGAGGAAGUAAAAUUUGAAGAUAUUGAGGAAGUAAAAGUUGAAGACUGAAAUAAAUAUUUUUUAUUUGUGCAGGGUGAACAACAUUUAUCAAAUAUAAACAACUUACAAUCAUUGGUUAUUGAUGAAGCAGACAGAAUGAUCCAGGAAGGACAUUAUCAAGAACUGUCUUACCUAAUGGACAAGGUUAAUAACAGUUGUGAGUACUGUAAAUAAAUACUAAUAAUCAUAAUGACUUCAUUUAUCAAGCAAGGCAAGCAUUGCCCACAGCUUACUCUGCGGUCAUUUGUAAAUAACGCUUGGAAGUGCUUAAUACGUAACACAAUUUUCAGUCCAUCAAAAAUAUUAGGUUACUCGAUGCAAUGUGGGAUAUGUGUGGAUCAAAUAGGUGGGUUUCACUCAAGACGUAUACAAUAGGGAAACGCUUGGUGUUCAACUUUACACAUAUUGCCGCUUUAUGCCUUGUGGAAGCACUAUAAAAUAAUUAUCCGACAAUGAAAACAUAAACUUAAAGAUGCCCAGCUUUUUGUGGCAAGGCAACUCGCCCAAUCGGGCAAGCAAGAUAAAACGUUUACUUGCCCAUCAUGAUAUUCACUUGCCUAUUCACUUGCCCCGGGCAAGUGUUAAGUUACACCUCUGUUUGUUAGAGUGCACCCACAGCCCAACUUCAUGAAUUUAUUUUGAAAUCUUGUUAUUUCAGCAGAAAAGAUGUUGUCGAAGUUACAGAAAUUUGUGUUUUCUGCCACAUUAACCUAUUCUUCAACGUCCAAAAAGAAUAAAAUGGACAACUUUGGUAAAGUAUCAUUGCAGCUAACUUCAUUAGUCAUUAUCGUCCUGUAUAUUGCAAUGAAACCACAGCACGUUGAGUGUGAAAAAUUAUUUUAAUUAAAUAUUUUCCUAUUAGACACGUUGUUGAAAAAGAUUGGUUUACGUGAGAAAUCAAAAGUCAUCGACCUGACACGAAAAGGUCUGACAGUCGAGAGUUUAACUGAAUCUAAACUCAUGUGUUCUGUUCAGGAUAAGGUGAGCUCAGAGUUGAUAGAGUAAGGAGGUUAGGAAACUCGAUACAGUCAUAAUAUACCUUGUGUCUUGGUUUAUCCAAGAAAUGAUAAUAAUAAUGAAUUUUGUCUAUAUCACAAUGGUCUGUAGCCUUCACUCAGAAUGUGCCAGUCACCUUUUCACUUUUUUCUUCUAAGUGGGCAAGGUUGUUUAUAUUGAUUCUUAGUAAUCAUGUUUUCGUUCCCUGCUCUGGUUUAUAUAAAUGAAUACAAAGCCCAGUUGAAAACCUUUGCAUUUUUGUUAACAUCUAGGCAACUUUAUUUUUCAAAUAUUUUUUACAAGCUUGACCCCCAGUCUUAGGGACCCAGGCCGUUUUCCCUCGACGAUGCUGUAGUUCCCUCAGUGAUCAUUCAGCCUGCCUCGUUGAACUCGUGCCGCUCUAUGGCCAUCUCCCUCUUAGCACUCAUGCAGAUCUAUUUCAAGCACUUUUUCUGUUUAUAUUACAGGACGUAUAUCUGUACUAUUUCCUGAAGAAAUAUCCGAAGCGAACUCUUGUGUUUGUAAAUACUAUCGAUACUUUACGUCGUCUCUUGUCAAUACUCAAUCUCCUUAAACUGUCGCCACUAGCGUUGCAUGCUGGGAUACAACAGCGGCAAAGAUUAAAGAAUCUUGAUCGGUUAGUAUGUAAUUGUCUUUGUGUGUUACAAUUUUUCCUGUAGAACUUUCCAGAAUUAUGGACAACAUGAUAGAGUCCCGAGCUCUGAGAAAAAUUUAAAAUUGUGUGGACCCUGUAGACGACCCUCGCUAAAGUUUAAUCCCAUAUUGAGUCCUAAAUGUGGACCCUAUCGCAAAAGUUCGCGCUUCAUCUCAAACUGAGACUCCUGGAACAAACUUGUAUCAGGCCUUUUGUAGAUUUAAAAAGCUGGGUGACUUUAUGCGCUUAAAAUAUAACAAUUCAAGAUGGAUUUUUACGCGCUUUAUUCAUAUAGAUUCAAGUCACGCGAUGAUGGUUUGCUUUUGGCCUCGGAUGUGGCUGCGCGGGGACUGGAUAUAGAAGGAGUGCAACACGUGAUUCACUAUCAAAUACCAAAGAAUGCGGAGGUACUACAUCGUAUGAGAAAAUCACUUGCAAGAGCUGAAUAUCACUAACUACUCUUUUGAACACCCACUUACUAUUACAGAUAGUUACAAGCCAAACAACAAUUUAAAAUAGAAAUUCUGUUAUUUAAGGUUUAUGUUCACCGCAGUGGGAGAACAGCCAGAAUUCAAAACGAAGGCCUGAGCCUGCUACUUAUUAGUCCAGAUGACCUGCGGUCGUAUGAUAAAAUCUGGAAAAGUCUGAAAAAAGGUUAGUAAUUGUUUUUGCCUUUCACAAGUUUUUGUACCGACCUUUGCAUAUGUAUAGAAUAUGCAUGUGGCUUCGUUUGUUUGUUAGGGGCUGGAUAAAGCUGUUAUCACACCUUUGAUAAUCAUUCAAAAUGACAUUUCAAAGUUGAAUAAGCUUAGUUUGAUUCCUGUCCCAGGCACUUUGAUGUGCUAAGCGGUUGCGUGGCACAUGCGCGGGAAUUGAGGUGCCCCGCGCGCGCGUCACGCAGCAUCAAAACGCCUGGGUACGAGGCUGUAAAGUUCAUUCAAACGAAUCUUUUGUGGUCAGGAAAAGUUUUUGUGACACGAUUCAAACGGGCUGACUCAUAUGAACAGGCCCUACUAAGGUUUGCAUUAACCUUAAAUUUCACAACCAAAUUUUGUGUUAUUUCUAUAGACGAUGAACCCCCAGACUUUCCUGUGGACAUGGAAUAUUUAAACGAAAUACGAAAACGAGUAUCUUUGGCAAGAAUUAUUGAUAAAGAGGAACAUAAGUACGUUUAAAAAGUUUCAAGUACCCCCAACCAAACAGCGCGAGGCUUUUGGAUCAGAUUAAGACCUGCCAAACGCUUUUGACAAUUUACAUGAAAAUAGAAAAGGUUUUAUCUGCUGCAAGUUUCGUACAAAAAACUUGAAAGUCUCCGAUUUUGAAAACAAAAUUCAAAACCUUAAAAGACCUUGAAUUUAUAAAGAGUGCUUGAAAAUCAUUGGAUUCUUUUUUCUUUAGUUUUUAGAUAUUUUCUGAAAUUCGUUUAACAUUAAAAAAACAUUGGCGUUCUUCAAAUAAUAUACAAGAGCCUCUGCAUCGAUUUUAUUUCAGAUUUCGUAAAAAGAAAUGGAGCAAUGAUUGGUUUUUGAACAACGCCAAGGAAGCUGAAUUAGAAGUUGACGAAGAUUUGUAUCCUUGAAUGAUCAAAUGUGUUUCAACAAAUUGUUCAAAUAAAUAUAUGAGACGAAAUGAGGCUGACGACGAGGUUUUUGGACCCAUGCAAAUUUUUUAUCGGGAAAAAUUGGGGGGAAAAGACUUUUUAUCAGAGAAAACGUUUUUAAACGUUCUCUCUGAUAAAAAGUCUUUUUUCCCCAAUUUUUCCCGAUAAAAAUUUGCAUGGGUCCAAAAACCUCAUCGUUGACCUCAUUUCGUCAUAGAUUUAUUUGGCCAAUUUGUUGAAACACAUUUGAUAUUAAAAUAGAUUGUACUGUUUAUUGCACUUAUGCCCCAAUGGCCUCGUUUUCAUGUGGUUAUUUCCUCGUGUUUUGUGCACGGUUAGUUUAAGGACAAGCUUAGCUUGUGAUUGGGCUGAAGAUCAGAGAGAGUACAUAUUCAUGCAUGAAACAUGGGGAUAUAACCUUCAUGUGCACAACAGGCAAACUUGUGAUAAACAGGCAAACAUGGAAACGAAGCGAUUAGCCCAAAAGUGCUUGCAAUAAACAGUAAUAAUGGACAAAGUGAAGGAAGGCUUUCCAUAUAUAGUUAUCUAAUCUCAUGGUCGUAGCCUUGCAUUGCACUGUUCGUCCUUACUUGUCAAAAUUGUAACGAACAUUUAUCUUAACUUUGUGGCCAGAUUGGAAGAUUUAGGAGAUUCACGUGAACAGCAAGUCAGAAAAGACAAAUUAUCUGCGAAGAAAGGUAUAGAGUCCUGUAUGAGAGCAGUCCUUGACAAUGAUUCGGUUUCUUCUUUUCUUUAUUUGAUCCAACUUUUUCAAUUUUCAGCGGAGCUCAACACGCUCCUUGACGUACCACUGGCGUCUUCAGGAUUUGUUGGAAAAUAUCCAACAAAAAAAGGGAAAUUACAGACUGCUGGAUUACAAUGUGAGUUUUAAGAUUUGGAUCCUCUCAGAAUUCUGGAAAUAUUGCCUUAUAUUAUGGUUUAUUAUUAAAUUCCAGAUACCUCAGAUGUGAUAGAAAAUGCAGACACAUCAGGACAUAAAGCAGUAAAAGAGAUAACAAAGAAAAAGAGACAGAAAAAGACAAAAAACAAGAGAUAAUUAAGAAGUCUUGUAAAAAAUAAAGAUUUUCAUUUGUAACAACAAAGUUAUAAAAUUGCACAAGUUAGGUAUAUAGUGAUGUAAAAAUAAUUUUAGCUAUGAUAUAGUGUUGCGAUCUAAGCAGCGGAACAUAAAAGUCAUAUUUUUUUUAAGAGUUGCUUG